UCCCACAUCCCGUGAAGGCAGCGGGAUACAUCCAGUCAGCGCGCUCCGCGGCCGUUAGUAGUAAAAACCAUGCAAAGAUGGCGGAGCUACAAAUGCUGCUGGAGGAGGAAAUUCCUGCGGGACGAAGAGCUCUACUGGACAGUUUCACCAACCUGGAAAGAGUAGCGGAGUACUGCGAAAGCAACUAUGUCCAGUCAGCAGACAAGGAGCGAGCGCUGGAGGAGACCAAGAGCUACACCACGCAGUCUCUGGCCAGCGUGGCCUACCUCAUCAACACGCUGGCCAACAACGUGCUGCAGAUGCUGGACAUCCAGGCCUCGCAGCUGCGCCGCAUGGAGAGCUCCGUCAACCACAUCUCGCAGGUCUGCUGGAGAUGCCAGAGUAGAGCUGUAAUCGCUCUGUGGUUGAUGAGGUUCAAGGUGAACGGCCAGCAGAACAUGAAGCUAGGAGGGGGACUGUCCCGGUCCAACCCCCCCACCCAGAAACCACCCAGCCCUCCGAGGGCAGGCAAGGGCAUCUUAGGGAAGAACUCCCCCUACAGGACCCUGGAGCCGGUGCGCCCCCCGGUGGUGCCCAACGAUUACGUGUCCAGCCCCACCAGGAACAGUCCGGCCGUGGGACAGCUGCCCAGUCCGGGCCGCACCGCCACGCUCAACCACAGACCCCGAACCUACAGAAAAACACCCCGAAAGCAUGAUGCUACCACCCCCAUGCUUCACAUCUCUCUCUGUGCCGUGUCAGGUAACAUCGUCCCUCAGUUCUUCAGCAUGAACCGGCCGCAGCCCCGACAGCAGGCUCUACAGGUGGGGGGGUCCCUGCCGUACCGACGGCCCCCCUCUGUGACCGGCCAGCCAAUCGGAGCGGAGAACCAGAUCAACGGUGGCCCCUACUACAACCAAAGCCCAGCCUCCCCUCCGCCCCCCUCCCUCCUCCAGUUCAGUCCUCAGCUUCCUCUGAUGGGUUUCGUUGCUCGAGUUCAGGAGUCCAUCUCCGACACCCCUGCCCCCUCUCACCCGGCUGCCGAGAGCCAAUCGGGGCCCGAGGAGCCUCUGCUUACUCCGAGUCCCCAGCCGCUGGAGGACGGGCGUGAAGAGGAGGACUCGGCCGUGGUGGAGUACAGCGACCCGUACGCGGAGGAGGACCCACCCUGGGCCCCCAGGAGCUACCUGGAGAAAGUGGUGGCCAUCUACGACUACGCGGCCGACAAAGAGGACGAGCUGUCGUUCCAGGAAGGGUCGAUCAUCUACGUCAUCAAGAAGAACGAGGACGGCUGGUACGAAGGCGUGAUGAACGCCACCACCGGCCUCUUCCCGGGAAACUACGUGGAGUCCAUCAUGCACUACGCCGACUGACAAGGGACUCUUGUUUGUGUGUCUUUGUCUCCGGUCGCGCGUUGUCUCGCUGCGGUUCAGCGUCUCGGAUCUGAACCGGAAGAGAGAAGAUGACUCGCCUCCGUUUGUUAAUUUCCUUUAGAGUCCCACAAAUCAAUCGGAGCAUCAUAGUUUCACUAAUAUUUUAGUGUGAGUGUAGUUCAUUGGACAGAAUCAGAACCUGUAAGUGAGACUUUGUUUUUGUUCUUACAUCCGUCUCUUUCUACAUUACAUUACAUGUCAUUUAGCUGACGCUUUUAUCCAGAGCGACUUACAAUUAAGUGCUUUCAACUGUGAAGGUUCAAACUCCA